CCAUUCGCACGCGGAGGCCGGUCGGUUUAUUGCGAAUCAAACGCUGUACAAGUAUCCGCAAGCGUGUCAAUCGCCUUACGUUUUCGGCGUACUGAGGGUCAGUAGUCUACAGUCGCGUAGUGUCGUUACUUGUUGCCGUUAACAUUUGAUUAGAUACGUUUAGUGCACCACUAUCGCCUAGACUAAUUGACAAAGUGUGUAAAAAAAUACUAUUUAGAAUGAGUAAAUAAAUAGAAUAUCGAUAGCCAAUAAACAGACGUUUCACAUCCGAACCUAACAAAACAACAGCAUUUCCGUAAAAUCACAUCUCCUGAAAAACGUACUAUUUAUGGAAAUAGUACGAUUUGAAUUUCAACUUACCAAAUAUUAUCCGGUCUAAUUAAAAAUGUCAUUAUUUUCUUCACCCAAGCAGAAAUUUUUGUAAUGUACCAGUAUUGAUAACAGUCGAAGUAUUACACCAGUACUGACGACUGGACAUUGGCUAGAUCGUAUUAGUGUAAUUAUGGUUGGCAUCUUUUCUAAGUACUGUUCCAGUAUUGGAAGUUAGUAAUUGGCAGCCAGUGCUGGAUCACUGGUUAUCUACAAAAAUUUUCUUCAACUAUGUUCAUAAAAAUGUUUUACAAAUAGUUAAAAAGAGAAGUGUUUUUGCAUAAUGCCAUUGGAUGAUGGUGGCGGCAGUGACAGUGGAAAUCAACAAAAUAUGAGUACUGAAGAUCCAUGGGAAGGUAGUUUCAUAAUGCCCAAACGAGAUCCAUUGUACAUAGUAGUACCCAUGACAAUCGUCUACUCAGUAAUAUUUGUUACUGGCGUCAUUGGUAAUACUAUCACGUGUUUAGUGAUCGCCAAACACAAAUAUAUGCAUACAGCCACAAAUUAUUAUUUAUUCAGCUUAGCUAUAUCUGAUCUCAUACUUCUUGUUUCUGGUCUACCGCAGGAAAUGUGGUCAAUAUGGUCCAGAUACCCUUAUAUUUUUGGUGAGAUUUUUUGUCAACUUAGGGGGUUGUUUGCUGAAAUGUCAGCAAAUGCGACUGUUCUUACUAUAACAGCAUUCACAGCAGAACGUUACGUGGCUAUUUGUCAUCCAUUUAUGGCUCAAAGUAUGUCAAAGUUGUCUAGAGCUGUUAAAUUGAUCAUUGGCAUAUGGCUGGUGGCAGUGUUGUUUGCUAUACCACAAGCUCUACAGUUCACCGUAUCGUCAUGGGAUGAUUCGCCAGAAAUGGCUCAGUGUAACAUUCGUGAAAUUUUUUUGAUGGACUCCAAUUUAAGUCUAUCCACAGUAUCGUUUACACUGUCUACGCUGUUGUUUUUUGUAUUACCUAUGACUGUAAUUACAGUGCUCUAUGCACUAAUCGGUUUAAGGUUACGACGAUCUGAUCGAUUAAAAAGAACAGUGACCAUACGAUCGACUACUGGCGAAAAGAAAAUAUCAUCACCUGAAUACAGGGCAAAUUCAUCUUCAAAGGUACUCAAAAUGUUAGUCGCUGUCGUGGUUGCGUUUUUUAUUUGUUGGGCACCAUUUCAUGCUCAACGACUGAUAGCCAUAUUUGGAGUUAGUCAAGCAUCAACUGGAGAUAUUGGGGAAGAAUUCCUUCAUCAGCUAUAUGGAAUCUCCACGUAUAUAUCAGGCGUUUUAUAUUACAUGUCGACUACUAUAAAUCCCAUUCUUUACCAUAUCAUGUCACUCAAGUUUAGGGCUGCUUUCAAGGAAACGGUGCUACGGUGUUGUGGCAGUGGAUGGACCGAUCAUCAGCGGAGUCUGCGUCGGCGGAGCAGCUCGACUACUACCACCGGGCCAGGAGGUGGCCGUCCAAAGUACAGGCGGGUGUCAAUCGGGCAGGCUACAAUCAGCCUGAAUGACAACGGGCACUGGUGUUGGCGUUGGUGGAGCGUAAUUGGUAAAAAACCAAAUAAUUUGCCAUCUCCAUCUCAACCUAUUGUUCCAAUAGCAUUGAGUGAUUGGACAAUGAUAAGCAACAGUAGUCUUAAAGACGUGGAUGGCAACGACCUUCGAGAUGAAUUGGUUGGAUACGCAAUUGUUGCAGCUUCGGACAGUUGUUCAAAGAAGAGCUUUAGCAUUAAUUAAACAUUUUUACAGUUUAAUUGGAAAAAGGUCCCUAUUUUUAUACGCUCGUAGUAAUUGGAUAUCCAUUGAUUACUUAUGAUUAAAGGUUGAACAAUGUGUAUAGCUUUUAAUACGGUAUGAUUGUAACGCAAUGUUUAAUGAAAAACAACAUUAAAUUGCGCUGCAUUUAUGGUAUAAUAUCUCACAUAACCAUUAUGAGGUAUUAAAAUAUGUUCCUUAUCAAAAGGCUUAAAAGAACCUAUAAUUAGGAAAUAAAAAAUUAUAAAGUCUAAUUAAAAUGUAUUAAAUUUGUUUGUAUCUAUAGUUUACCUUCAAAUUUUACUUAAUAAAUAAUAGUAUGAUGUAUUAAAUGUCAUACGUACUAUACACUUUUUUGUUGAAUUUCUGAUAUUCCAAUUUCAAAAAGCGUAACAAACCCAUUUUUUUUUUAAAAAUAGUGUUUUCAAAUUUUAUGCCACUACUGAAAUUAUUCAAGACAAAUUAUUGUAUAUUCUAUAUAGGUUUUAUCUAAUUUCAACAUAAAUAGUUAUAUUAAAAAUAAUAACA